UCGAACCCCAUCCCAACCUCUGUGUUCGCUCUCUAGGGUUCCUUUUGUUCUUUUUUUGCUUCGAUUUCGCUCUCAUCCUCUCGAUUCCCGCCGAAUCCCUCCUCUCGUGAACAACAGAUACUAUGGUUGCAGUGUUUACUCCUGGCUUUGUUUGUUUCCAUGCCAAUUGCUUGCGUCUUACAUUGACAAUUGUUCCUUCAGUUAGUCCUUUUUCUUUCUUUGAUUCAAUGAUUAGGAAUAUAUUGAAUUAUGCAAUUAAACCAGCAGUUGUAUGUGGGCAAGUUUCUAAAUCUUUUCAUUUCUUUUGCAUCUGUUGAGCAUCCUCCUUGUUCGUCAUUCGAAAUACGUUCUCUUGUUUGUUUCUAUUACCGCUAUAUUUGGCAUCAAAGGACAAACUUUUUCACAUUGAAACUCCUUUGCCAUACCAUGGCUUGGCUUGAGCUCAGAUUCUUACUUUGCAACUCCUGGCCUUUCUAUUUAUCUCCUCCUCUCUCUAUUUCUAUCCUCCCUCUCGAUUUGCUUCUGGCUCCUGUGCUUUGCCCACAGUUGCCCUGCAAGCUUAUUUUAGAUACACUAAAUGCCGAGGAGGAAAGCAAGUGCAAAGCCAGCUGAACCAGUAAAGCCUGCUGAGCCUGAGCCUGAGCCUGAGCCGGAGCCUGAAGUUGAAGAACAUGAAGAGACAAUGGAAGAAGAAGAGGUUGAGUAUGAAGAAGUUGAAGAAGAAGUAGAGGAAAUAGAGGAGGAGGAAGAGGAGGUCGUUGAAGAGGAGGAAGAGGAGGAGGACCCCGAUGAGGAAGAAACUGCUAGUGGACCUGGAACGAAUGGCCCGCGUGAAUCAAAGGAUGAUGAUCAAACUGAUGAGGAUGAAAGCAAAACGCAUGCUGAACUCCUUGCUCUUCCUCCUCAUGGUUCUGAAGUUUAUGUUGGCAAUAUUCCUCACGAUGCUUUAGAAGAAGAUUUGAAAAAUUUCUGUGAGUCUGUUGGCGAGGUCUUUGAGGUUAGGAUGAUGAAAGGCAAGGAUUCAUCAGAAAACAAAGGUUACGCCUUUGUUACUUUCAGAACGAAAGAAUUAGCUGCAAAGGCUAUUAGAGAUUUGAGAAAUGCUGAAUUUAAAGGGAAGAAGAUAAAGUGCUCCACAUCGCAAGCAAAGCAUCGUCUAUUCAUUGGAAAUGUUCCUAGAAACUGGACGAAGGAUGAUUUGAAGAAGGUUGUUAGUGAAGUUGGUCCUGGAGUUAUUAAUGUUGACUUGAUGAAGGAUCCACAAAAUUCUAGCCGUAAUCGUGGCUUUGCAUUUAUCGAGUAUUACAACCAUGGAUGUGCUGAAUAUUCACGAAAGAAGAUGUCCAUGCCCAAAUUCAAGCUAGAUUCUAAUGCCCCCACAGUGAGCUGGGCUGACCCUAGGAGUGGGGAUUCUUCUUCAAGCUCUCAGGUGAAGGCAGUUUAUGUAAAGAAUUUGCCUAAGAAUGUAACCCAAGAUCAGUUGAUAAAGCUUUUUGAACGCCAUGGAGAGAUUACUAAGGUGGUGCUGCCGCCUCCAAAGCCCGGUCAUGAGAAGAGGUAUGCUUUUGUGCAUUUUAAAGAGCGGUCGAUGGCCAUGAAGGCGCUUAAGAACACUGAGAAGUAUGAACUUGAUGGUGAUGUUCUUGAUUGUUCUCUGGCGAAACCUCCAUCAGAUAAGAAAGUUGAAACAGCACCUAGUGCUCAAAAAGGUCCUCUCUUGCCCAAUUAUCCGCUCCCUAUUGGUUAUGGCUUAAUGGGAGGUGCUUAUGGUGCGCUUGCUCCAGCUCCCAUGCAGCCCAUGUUUUAUGGAAGGGGGCCGAACCCUGCUGGCAUGGCAAUGGUGCCAAUGGUAUUACCCGACGGGCGCGUUGGCUAUGUAUUGCAACAACCUGGGGCUCCAAUGGGACCCGCGCAUCAAGGCAGCAGCAAUCGAGGUGGCAGCUCCAGCGGGGGCCGAAAAGGAGGUGGCAGUGGCAGUGGCGGUGGUGGUAGUGGUGAUGGUAAUCGCGGUCGCAGGUACCGUCCUUAUUGAUGUCGCUCUAGAAACCUGUUUCGCCAUUUAAUGCGCAUUAUUAUUAGCUUUUAUGAGCUUUGUUACAACCUCCAGGUGUUAAACAGUGUUAGCAAUUGGAAGUUUUUGGGAUUAAGGUUUGCAACUUCAUGUGUAUAAUAAUGAUAAUGAUAACUACUAAGCAUUAAAAUUGCCCCCUUUUUCUUUA